UUUUUAAGUUUUAAUGGUACAACUUUCAAUCUUUACAGUAAUAUAAUUAAAAAAAUAUUGAAACUAUGCAUGAAUUCAUGUUGAAUAUUGAUAAUAAAGAAAUAUUAAACGAAGUGUUACACCAUUCAAUUGACCACCUUAUAGGCUCAACAGAAGAUAAAGAUGAACAGAUUUUAUUGAAAUCUUGUCACAAAUAUGGUUUUUCUAGCGUUGAGCAAUUUGAAAAGACUGUCGAAAUUAUCGCUAAUGCCUUUAAACUUUACGUUUUAAACGUAGUCAGCGAAGUUGAAUUUUUAUCACAGUUUUCUCAUUUAAGCUUGGACUUACAACAAUCUAUAUUGGCAGUUUUGAAAACUCGAAAGUCUGAGGUAGUUGUUUUUUUGUUGAGGGAACAUAACUCAAAACAUUACAAAUUAUUACAAUCUUUUGAUUGGGAUAUAAGAUUUGUUUUUGGUGAUAGCAAUAAUCCAUCGUUACGUAGAGAAAUAGCAUCGUUAACUUUAAAUUGUAUUUAUAGUAAUGAAAAUGAAAAGAAACCAAAGGAAUCUUCUAUUUUUAUGGAAUUGGAUCGAAAAAUGUUAGACACGCUAAUAGAAGUCUUGGAAAAUUGCGAAGCUUUACUUAAAACAAAUUGAUAAAUGUAACAAGUUAAUGAUUGCAUAUUGAUCAUACAUAAGCAAAAAUAUUUUGUAUUUUAAAAUAAUAUGUACACCUACCAAAGUUACAUGUGUAUGCACAUACAAAUGUAAUAUAUUUAAGAAAAAAUGUUAUAAUAUGCAGAAUAUAUUGAGCUGGAAAAUGUUCUAUGAAAGGGGAACUGAAAUGCUAUAUUCCUCAUUAUGUUCUUACCCGUAGGCAAAGUGUGUAGGUACACAAAACUAACUUCAAUCCUUGUAUUUUCAUUUAAUUCAUAUAGAAAUUGGGAAUGGAUUAUUAAAAUGAUCGUAGUAUUUAAAAUAUUACCUUUAAAUAUUUAUUACCAUUAUAAAUCUUUUAAAGAGGAAAAAAAAAUAAUAAUUCUUUUUGUAUACAUAAUACAUAAAUAAGAUUA